AUGCAAAUCCGUUUGGGAGUCGGACGUGAUUCACGAUGUGAGAGGGACCUGGAGAAGGGGCUAGUGCAGCCCUCAACCCCAGGAGCUCUCUCGGAGCCGCCAUCGUCACCUCACCCGUCGAGGCCGGUUCUUGUGUUCUCCAAUUCCAGCAAGUCUCUGCUGGGUUCGAAUUCAGGCAAGGCCCUGGUUGUUUCGAAUUCCAGUAAGUCUCUGGUGUUGUCCAAUUCCGGCAAGCGCAUUGAUCAGUUGGGGAAGAAGAAGUAUGUGAAGCAGGUGACCGGCCGCCACAAUGACACGGAGCUCCACCUGGCUGCACGCCGCGGCGAUUUGGCUGCUGUGCAGCAGUUUCUGGGGGAGAUUGAUGCCCAGAUGGUGGGUUCUGAGUUUGAUGAAGAGGUGGCUGAGAUAAGGUCUGCCAUUGUGAAUGAGGUGAAUGAGUUGGGAGAGACGGCCCUUUUCAUUGCGGCUGAGCAGGGGCAUCUUGGUAUUGUAGAGGAGCUUUUGCCCUACAUGACCGAGGAGGGCAUUUCGUUGAAGAAUCAGGUCGGGUUUGAUGCGUUGCAUAUUGCUGCAAAUCAAGGGCAAAAAGCCAUUGUCCAGGUGCUGUUAAACUAUGACCCGGGGCUUAGCAAAACAGUUGGCCAGGCAAAUGCUACCCCUCUUGUAUCUGCAGCUACAAGAGGGCAUACAGCAGUCGUUAAAGAAUUACUAUCAAAAGAUCCUAGUUUGCUGGAUGUUUCUAAAUCCAACGGGAAGAAUGCAUUGCAUCUUGCUGCACGGCAGGGGCAUGUAGAUAUUGCGAAAACUUUGCUUGACAGGGGUCCACAACUAGCAAGAAGAACGGAUAAGAAAGGACAAACUGCUUUGCAUAUGGCCGUAAAAGGUGUCAGCAGUAAAGUGGUGAGGUUGAUUGUCGAAACAGAUCCAGCUAUUGUCAUGCUUCCAGACAAGUUCGGCAAUACGGCAUUACAUGUGGCCACCAGGAAAAAGCGAGUAGAGAUAGUCAAUGAGCUGUUACUCGUUCGUUACACAAAUGUGAAUGCUCUAACAAGAGACAAUAAAACAUCCCUUGAUAUAGCUGAAGGACUUCCUUACUCAGAAGAAAUCACAACAAUUAAGGAAAACUUGACUCAAUACGGUGCUGUCCGAGCAAACGAACUUAACCAGCCAAGGGAUGAGCUUAGAAACACUGUGACAGAGAUAAAAAAGGAUGUCCAUACUCAGCUUGAACAAGCUCGCAAAACCAACCAGAGUGUUAGUGGAAUUGCCAAGGAGCUCCGUAAGCUACACAGGGAUGGAAUCAAUAAUGCCACUAACUCAGUCACAGUGGUUGCUUCACUCUUUGCAACAGUAGCAUUUGCAGCUAUAUUUACACUUCCUGGUGGCGAUUUAGACUCUGGGGAGGCUGUGGUGUCGUUCCGUGUAUCCUUCAAAAUCUUCUUCAUUUUUAAUGCUCUUUCGCUCUUCACAUCAUUGGCUGUUGUUUUGGUACAAAUCACCCUCGUCAGAGGUGAAACAAAGACGGAGAGGAGGGUUGUGGAAGUGAUCAAUAAGUUGAUGUGGCUUGCCUCUGUCUGCACUACAGUAGCAUUUAUUUCUUCAGCAUAUAUAGUGGUUGGCCGGCGUAAUAUAUGGGCUGCAAUCCUUGUCACAGUUAUUGGGGGAGUUAUAAUGGCAGGAGUUCUUGGUACCAUGACAUAUUAUGUGGUGAAGUCCAAAAAGUUUCGUAGAGUGAGGAAGAGAGAGAAGAUGUCGAGGACUGGAACCAUCUAUUCCUCGCGUCACUCAGAGUCCGAUUCAGAAGUUAACCGUAUAUAUGCCCUGUGA